CGAGGGGUCAGCUGUGUGUCACUAGGUCGUCUCGUAACGGGGGUACACAUGCGCGGUUCAUUUUCCGCUAAACUCUGGAUCACCUGAAGCUGAGGAAUGACAAGUAUAGUGAUCCACGUACCACUGUUAUCGGCGUUCAAACGAAUUCGAACGACAAAUAGACGGAGAGUUGGAUAAUCGAUGAUAAAGUGACGAAAAAGUGCAAGCUUGUCAGAGAAAGAUUCAGGAGGGGGAAAGAAAAAUUAAAAAAAGAAAAAAAAAAGAAAUAUGAAAGAGGAAAUAGAACAAAGUGAGAUUUACGAAGACAAGACUGAAGGUAUCUGCGUUAAGGGGUCCCUGAUAAGAGGCUGCAAUAGAUUUUGUGGGUGGAAUAAGUAAUGAGAAAUGAGUGAAGGGAGAAAGUACAAGGGUAAUAGAAGGAAUCCAAGGGUUCGAGUGAAACAGAAAGGGAGGGGGUGGGAAUAUAAAAUAAAAAUAAAAAGCGGAUAGAGGAGUUGUUGUAAAGGAAUCGUAAGAGGCGGAGAAAAGGGGGUAGUAAGAAUAAACGUAAUCUGAAGGAGAAGUUAAAAGGAGGUUAGCAGUGACGGCUACGGAAGGGGAAAGGGGAAAAGGGGUCGACUUAAUUUGCAGUUUUUGAUAGCCGGAUGUCGAGGUGCAAGAACCUGAUGAGAUGACGUCUUGUUUUAUUUGCUGAUGCAAUUUCGGAGGAUGCUUCUCAGGAUGAGACUGCAGCAGGUCUACCUUCUGCUGCAGAUGGCAUACCUAGUUGUUUGGGCUGGUUUUGAAAAUACAGGGAUGUCCGACAGAUUGGAAAAUGUGACACAAACAAUAUCUCGAAUUCUCAAUGGGUACGAUAUCCGUUUGAGACCAAAUUUUGGAGGAGAACCUUUGUUGGUAGGGAUGGACUUAACGAUAGCAAGUUUCGAUGCGAUUUCAGAAGUUAACAUGGAUUACACGAUAACGAUGUACUUGAAUCAAUAUUGGACGGAUGAAAGGCUAGCAUUUUCCCAAGAUGAAGAGACGCUCACCCUCAGUGGGGAUUUUGCAGAAAAAAUUUGGGUCCCAGACACGUUUUUUGCCAACGACAAAAAUAGUUUUUUGCACGACGUGACCGAGCGUAAUAAACUCGUCCGGUUGUCCGGAGACGGAUCAGUCACUUAUGGCAUGAGAUUCACGACGACCCUGGCCUGCAUGAUGGAUCUACACUACUAUCCGCUCGAUUCGCAGAACUGCACCGUAGAGAUCGAGAGCUAUGGAUACACAGUGUUGGACGUAGUGAUGUAUUGGAAGGAAACCCCGGUGCGUGGUGUAGAAGAAGCACGACUGCCACAAUUUACGAUAACUGGAUAUGAAACGAACGAUCGCAAGGAGAGACUGGCCACCGGGAUAUAUCAGAGGCUUUCGUUGAGCUUCAAGCUUCAAAGGAACAUCGGAUAUUUUGUUUUCCAAACGUAUUUACCCAGUAUACUGAUCGUGAUGUUGAGCUGGGUCAGUUUCUGGAUCAAUCACGAAGCAACCAGUGCCAGAGUAGCUCUUGGUAUAACGACAGUCCUAACAAUGACUACGAUCUCAACGGGCGUACGUAGCUCACUGCCACGUAUCAGCUAUGUGAAAGCUAUCGAUAUCUAUUUAGUAAUGUGUUUCGUUUUCGUGUUCGCGGCUUUAUUGGAGUACGCAGCGGUGAAUUACACAUAUUGGGGCGCCAGGGCCAAGAAAAAGAUGAAAAAGAAGGACACCGACGAUAAGAAAGUCAUUUCGUCCAAGUCAGGAAGCAAAGCAAGUUCUCCGUAUCCUGGUCCAACGGAAACGGACGUAGCAGAUAUUCAGGACCUUCGAAUGUCCCCUUUGCCGAGCAUGAGGAACAGAUCAGGCCUGAUCAGCGGUAGCACGUACCCUGGAACCAUACGAGAACACGAUCCUGCCAAGUUCCCCCCGAGUUUUCGCAUUUCCAGAGUUGCGGCCUAUAAUACUCACGGAAGGAACAUUGGGCUUAGGUAUAGAGGUCCUAAACAACACAAACCUAAGGUUUUCCACGCGAUAAGAAGAGGAGCCUCCGUGCUGCGAGUAUCGAUGCCCAAGAUCAAAGACGUGAAUAUUAUCGACAAAUAUUCGAGAAUAAUAUUCCCAGUCAGUUUUAUGCUAUUCAACGCCAUCUACUGGGUAUUCUAUUUCCUCUGAUUUAAACUACCGCCGUUUCGUGACGAAGGACAGAAAGGACCAAUUGUUAUCAAGAAUUUGCAUGGGUAUUACUAGAGAAUAAAUUUGAUUCGAAUUAAAAUCGAAUCAAAAUCGAAGUAAAAUUCGAUUUCGAUCUUUAUUCUCGCCUGAAGAGAGUAUCGAAAGUACUGAAUCGAAAGUUACCGAUAUUUAUGCGAUAUCUUCGAGAAUAGUCGAUUUGAUCUCGAAGUCGAACGAUAUUUACGUGAAUACGUUCCUAAUCGAUAGGUCACUGGUUCGAAUGGAUGAUCUGAAAUGCAUUAAUUAAAAAUUUAUCCUUGAAAAACUACGAUGACGCAAUGAAAAUGAUUUAAAUAAUCGAUGGAAUUUGAAGCACUAAAAGUUUUUUAAUGUAUACGAAAAUCCUUAAUUGUGAUCAACAAACUGAAAGUAACAAUUUUUCUGAAACGCAAGUUUGUUUGACGAAAGUUAUCAACGCCAAUUGUUAUUGUCAAUAUUUUAAGUACAACAUUAAAAAAGAAAGAAGCAUUUGACGGGAACAUCAAAGAUUUAGUGAAAUAUAUCACAACUAGAGUAGCGUUUGAUUAAAAAUUGUAAUUAAAGAUAUUAUAGCUGAUGGAUAGGAUUACUGUUGCAUUAUUAUAAUUACGAUUGUUCUGCAAGUUAUACGAAUUUAUUAUUUGUUGAUCGCCACAUACAUAUAUAAAUAGGGUAAAGUUGAUCAAAAUGAUGCCUUUAACAACAUAUGUCAAGAUUAAGGUCAUCCGUGAGAUUCGACCUUUUAUAGAUAUUUACCAAGAACGUUGACUAAAAAUCCCACGGGUUAAACAAGUACAGUGCAGUAAUGAUUUCCAUCAUAGAACGAAACAAAGUAGUAUUAAAAACAAAAGGUAACAAAUAAUGCAGUAUUUUCGGUAUUGUUAGACAAAGCUUAACGAAUUGUUGGAAAAGUGAGAAUACCUGAGCAAGAAAGAAGGAAUUGUCUUUUCCUAGAGAAUACUUUGCUGAAGCAUUCAAAAGUUAUCCACACAGAUUAUGUACCAUAAUGUUGAUUAUUUUAAUAUAAAUCCUAACUGUAAUUUUAAGGUAAUUAAAUUACUGAGACUUUUAUUUCAUUCACAAGAACCAUUCAAUAUAUAUUUUGAAUCAGUGUAUAUUAUUUUGCCUUUCAGCAUAUGUAUAUAUAUUACAAUGUUGAUAAACUGUAGCACUCUCAAGGUUCCAUUUACAUUUUAUAUAAUGGCAAUGCAACUUUUAUUAUACUUCAACAAUUUAUACAUGUUCAA